CACCCGCGGGCGGCAGCUGCCCCAUUACUCCAGACGUUUCCUCGUCCUUUCUCAGGCUCCCUUCUUCCAUAAAUUCCCUUCCUCACAUCCAUCGCAUUGUCAAUUUUCGGCGAUUCGCAGCAAAUAAAAGACCACCCAUUUUCCUUUCUGAACAUUCAAUUCAUUCGUGUUUGAGCCCCACGACAAUGGCUUCCAUCAACGCUUCUUGCCCAACAGCAGCUAUUUCCCGUUUACGGGCAUGCAAAAACUUCAAAUUGUUUAAUGGACUGCACGGUGUGAAUCCCUCUUCGUCAAAUUGGUAUACAUCUGAUUUGGCUUUGAUUCGGUUGGGUAGCAAAUCAUCGUUCACUAUCAAGGGUGAUGGUAGAACUAGAGCUACAUUGAUAUCUGGAGAAGGUGGCCUCCUAUCAUACUCCAAUGGCAAUAGUGUUGCUGCAAUCACCAAGGACCAAUCUGUUGGAAUUGAGAUACAGCCUGAUGCAAUAGCAUUUGGAACGCUUGGAGCAGAUACUGCUCCCGCAACUAAUGGCUUUCCCAUUGAUAAUGAUGAAUUUGAUCUGGAUCGUCCCUCAGAAGGUUUUUCUUCCAUUCCAGAGGCCAUUGAGGACAUUCGUCAAGGAAAGAUAGUGGUGGUUGUGGAUGAUGAAGAUAGAGAAAAUGAAGGGGACCUAAUAAUGGCAGCUUCACUGGCAACACCUGAAGCUAUGGCAUUUAUUGUGAAGCACGGGACUGGAAUUGUUUGUGUGAGCAUGAAAGGAGAAGAUUUGGAGAGGUUGGAAAUUCCUUUGAUGGUAACCCAAAAGGAUAAUGAUGAGAAACUUUCUACUGCAUUCACAGUGUCAGUGGAUGCAAAGCAUGGUACAACCACUGGGGUUUCAGCUCGUGAUAGGGCAACAACAAUAUUGGCUCUUGCAUCCAGAGAUUCAAAGCCUGAAGAUUUCAAUCGCCCAGGGCAUAUUUUUCCGUUGAAGUACAGGGAGGGUGGUGUUCUGAAAAGAGCUGGACAUACAGAAGCCUCUGUUGACCUUGCUAUGCUAGCUGGCUUGGAUCCUGUUGCAGUUUUAUGUGAGGUUGUGGAUGAUGAUGGUUCCAUGGCGAGAUUACCAAAGCUUCGCCAAUUUGCAGAGAGAGAGAACUUAAAAAUCAUAUCAAUUGCUGAUUUAAUCAGAUAUAGGCGGAAGAGAGAUAAAUUAGUGGAUCGUUCUGCUGGGGCAAGGAUACCUACAAUGUGGGGGCCAUUCACAGCAUACUGCUAUCGGUCCAUCUUAGAUGGGAUAGAACAUAUUGCUAUGGUUAAGGGUGAGAUUGGUGAUGGGCAAGAUAUUCUUGUGAGAGUACACUCGGAAUGCCUCACAGGAGAUAUAUUUGGGUCUGCUAGAUGCGAUUGUGGAAAUCAGCUGGCACUUGCAAUGCAACAGAUUGAGAAAGCAGGGAAGGGUGUAUUGGUGUACCUCCGUGGGCAUGAAGGGAGGGGCAUUGGUUUGGGACACAAGCUUCAUGCUUAUAACCUGCAGGAUGAUGGACGUGAUACUGUGGAAGCCAAUGAAGAGCUGGGAUUGCCUGUUGAUUCAAGAGAAUACGGCAUUGGUGCCCAGAUGCUAAGAGAUCUGGGUGUUCGAACCAUGAAGCUUAUGACAAACAACCCUGCAAAGUACAUUGGGCUCAAGGGCUAUGGUUUGGCAGUUUCUGGCAGAGUCCCCCUUCUAACUCCCAUUACAAAGGAGAACGGAAGAUAUUUGGAGACAAAACGCUCUAAAAUGGGACAUGUCUAUGGCUUAGAAUUCAAUGGCCAUCUCACCAAUCUUAUCAGUGGGAAUGGAAAACAGAGCAUCAACACCCAACCUGAUCCAGUCUCUGACUCGUAAGCAUGGCAGAUGGUGAUGGACCCUCCAACUCCACAGCAAGGCGGCAUGGGCAAUAGCAGCUAAGGAUACCGGAUGAAAUGUCUGGGCUCUGUUCAUGCUCGACUCAAAUUCUAAACUAGCAAUACAUGUUCUGUCAACAUUUGAAGUGAAAAUUGGUUUCACUGUACUCUGAUAUCUUCAUUCUUUUCCUUCAUGAAGUGUAAAAUAGACAGGAUAGAAUUAAACCCUACUUAUGGAAUUUAGCUGGACCCUUUGAAACAUUCAUUACUCAGUCUUAGAGGCUCUCUAAUUUUUACAAUUUGUGAACACACGGCUCAUGGUUUCUUUUGAAUGUGCAAUGAUGGACUACUUUCAAUACCUUCU